AUGUCCCAGGAGUUGCGGCAAACAAGCCACCAGAUUCUCACUGGAGGUGAAAAAUUUCCCCGUCGCCAGUCGUAUGCCCAAUAUGCGUCGGAUGCCUCGGGGGCUGAGUCGGCUCUUUUCCAGUACGAAUGGCCACUGCCUGGAUACCCGCAGUCUUUGCCGAUUUGCCUCCCGGUCAACAGCGACAUACUCACUGGCCGCGAUGAACCUCCAGGCCAUCCAGGCAAUGGUAACCAGCUCAUAAAUGCUAAAAUUCCCAUUUCACGAAUUGCACGCCACAGUAAUUGUACCAUUAGUGGCCGAGUUAGUCGAGCAUGCGAUAAUUGCCGCGAGAAAAAGACCAAAUGCAGUGGUAAUCGGCCCUCAUGCCAUCGUUGUCAUGAUGCUAGGGUGCAGUGUUCCUACGGGGACCGGAAACGGGAAAAGAUUUUAACGCAGCUGGAAGAACUCAGCACGCAGGUUCAUAUCUACGAAAAUUUGCUGCAAUAUUUGUACCCCAGACUUGACGCAUCGUCGUCCCAACAUGUCAAUCAGACACUUGGUGAUCAAUUAGUCAGGGUGAGCCUCCACGGCCUUUUUAAUUUCCUCUCUAGUGCUACUCAUCUCCUUCCUAAUGGACUUAUCGUCGUCCCCAAAGAAAAAAAUGUCUAA